AUGCUGGAUGGGAAUACUACUCCCAAAUCCCCAGGUGGGAAAGAUAAGGAACCAAGCAAUGCCAAUGGCAAUGAUAUUGAUCAUGUCGUGAAAGAUAAGGAACUGAGCAAUGCCAGUGGCAAUGAUUUUGAUCAUGUUGAUGAUAAGGAGAGUGGUGCAACAAGGAGCUUUACUAGAGAAAGAGAUCUAGAGAAUGGGAAAGAAGAUCAAGAUGACUCAGAAUCCACAUUGUCAUUAUGUGGAUCAUCGGCCUCUUCUGCCAGUACUGCAAAGAGGAGAGAAAGAGAGAGAAAGAAGGAAAGACAACUUAAAGCAAAGUUGAUAGCCUUACAUCAAACGAGUGAACUUGAGAAGAAACUGAGAACACUUCAAAAACAACAUGAAAUGGAACAAGCCGAACAAGAAAUACGAAUUGCAAAAGAAAAGGCUGAGAAUUUGAGAAAGAGUCAGCUUUUGAAGGAUGAAGAAGCGGAGAUUGAAAGACAAAAGACUGCUAUUCUCUUGCAAGCAGAAUUGAAGCUUCUACAACAAGAUUCAGAGGAAGAGCUACAGAAAGAGAUCAAGUUAGAGGUGACUCUUUCCGUGAUCGUGGACAAGAACGAGAACAAGUAA